AUGUUUUCAAUCAGAACCCUUUUGUAUUUACCUUGUGGCGUGUGUGGCAAAAUAUUUCUUUACAAUGAACUGUUCAGACAUGUUACAACUCAUAAAUAUACAGAUAAGGAAAGAAAGAGACCAUAUAAAUGUGAAUAUUGCUUUAAAGCAUUUGUUAAAAGCCAUGACUUGAAGAGACAUAUUAGAACACAUACUGGUGAGAAACCGUAUGAUUGUGCUUUUUGUCCUAAAUCAUAUUCGACUAAUAGUGAACUAAUGAGACAUAUCUGGAUACAUACUGGUGAGAAACCAUAUAAGUGUGAUUUUUGUAGCAAAUCAUUUACUACAAAUAGUGAGUUAAUGAGACAUAUCCGGACACACACUGGUGAAAAACCAUAUGCAUGUGAUGUUUGUAAUAAGUCAUUUUCUCAGAAAGGUCAUUAUACAAGACACAUCAAGACUCAUAAUGGCAGGCUUCAAUUUAGAUUGAAAAACUUAACUAGCAAAAAGUCCCAACAAUGUAAAACUUAA